AUGGUUCCGUCGUUGUUCUUUGCUGUGAUGAUAGUACUUCGUGUUGGGUUACCAAGAACCCCUGAAAUGUUUUUCAUCGUGUUCCUUAUAGGCGUUAUAUCGGUUAAUUGUGGCGAAUCUUUAGGAAUAAUAGUGACAAGCCUUUUCAAGUAUUUGGGAUUAGCUAAACAUAUUGUCGUUUGCUGUUAUUCCCGGUGUAUUUAUGGGCGGCACUUUGUCUUUGCAUAUCCAAUAGAAAUAUGCCGUGGGAAUACGUGCCAAGUUAGAUUCCGAGAAUCAAAUAUUCGAUUAUACUUUGGACGGUUGUACCUUAGAUUCGAGUGA